CACCGAGACGCGCAGAGGACGGCUAGAGCGUUGCUCGCCGAGAGACUUCCUCUUCGUUAAGUCGUCCUUCCCAACAUGGCGCAGUCUAUUAACAUCACGGAGCUGAAUCUGCCGCAGCUAGAAAUGCUCAAGAACCAGCUGGACCAGGAAGUGGAGUUCUUGUCCACGUCCAUUGCUCAGCUCAAAGUGGUACAGACUAAGUAUGUGGAAGCCAAGGACUGUCUGAACGUGCUGAACAAGAGCAACGAGGGGAAAGAAUUACUCGUCCCACUGACGAGUUCUAUGUAUGUCCCUGGGAAGCUGCAUGAUGUGGAACACGUGCUCAUCGAUGUGGGAACUGGGUACUAUGUAGAGAAGACAGCUGAGGAUGCCAAGGACUUCUUCAAGAGGAAGAUAGAUUUUCUAACCAAGCAGAUGGAGAAAAUCCAACCAGCUCUUCAGGAGAAGCACGCCAUGAAACAGGCCGUCAUGGAAAUGAUGAGUCAGAAGAUUCAGCAGCUCACAGCCCUGGGGGCAGCUCAGGCUACUGCUAAGGCCUGAGAGUUUUUGCAGAAAUGGGGCAGAGGGACACCCUUUGGGCGUGGCUUCCUGGUGAUGGGAAGGGUCUUGUGUUUUAAUGCCAAUAAAUGUGCCAGCUGGGCAGAA